AUCAGGGAGCUUCCGCCAGUAGUCGGUACUCAACCGACUCGAACGCUUUAUGUUGCCGUGCAAGAAGUGCGGGAGUGAAGUUAACGAAAAUUAGGGUUAGUUGUACGGUACGACCGUAUCGCGCAUUCAACAAAGAGUUGCGCGUAUCACUGUUAACAACAAAAUUUCUACUUGGACAAGUGACAUUACGACAAGAUGAGUGGUCUAUUGAAGCUGUCGUCUUUACUCGUGAGAAAUCCUCCCACGACGACAUUGAAUAAAUUGGGAUUACCUGUCAUUGCUAAUCGCAAACUGCAUUAUACACCAGAUGGCAAAGCUGCAAAAAUCUCACAGGAUAUUUCUAAGCAUUAUCCAUUGAUAGAUCAUACUUAUGAUGCUGUUGUGGUGGGUGCUGGUGGAGCAGGAUUGCGUGCAGCUUAUGGCUUAGUUGCUGAGGGGUUCAAGACAGCAGUUGUUACUAAAUUAUUCCCUACAAGGUCGCAUACUGUUGCUGCUCAAGGAGGUAUCAAUGCUGCUUUGGGUAAUAUGGAAGAAGAUAAUUGGCAAUGGCACAUGUAUGAUACUGUGAAGGGAUCUGACUGGUUGGGUGAUCAGGAUGCUAUUCAUUACAUGACACGUGAAGCUCCAAAGGCAGUCAUUGAAUUGGAGAAUUGUGGCAUGCCUUUCAGUCGAACUACAGAUGGAAAAAUAUAUCAACGUGCUUUUGGUGGACAAUCUUUGAAAUUUGGGAAAGGUGGCCAAGCUCACAGAUGUUGCUGUGUAGCUGACAGAACUGGUCAUUCUUUGCUCCACACACUGUAUGGACAGUCUUUGAGCUAUGACUGCAACUACUUUGUUGAAUACUUUGCUCUGGAUUUGCUCAUGGAAGAUGGAGAAUGCAGGGGUGUGAUAGCUCUUUGUUUAGAAGACGGCACACUUCACCGUUUUCAUGCUAAAAACACAGUAUUAGCAACUGGAGGCUAUGGUCGUGCAUAUUUCUCGUGCACAUCUGCUCAUACAUGUACCGGUGACGGUACUGCGAUGGUAUCUAGAGCAAACUUGCCUAAUCAAGACUUAGAAUUUGUACAAUUUCAUCCUACUGGAAUAUAUGGAGCCGGUUGCCUCAUCACAGAAGGCAGUCGUGGUGAAGGAGGCUACCUCGUAAAUAGCGAGGGUGAAAGAUUUAUGGAACGUUAUGCUCCAGUCGCAAAAGACUUAGCCUCUAGGGAUGUUGUAUCUAGAUCUAUGACUAUUGAAAUCCGAGAAGGCAGAGGUGUUGGUCCCGAAAAAGAUCACAUCUAUUUGCAACUCCAUCAUUUACCACCUGAACAGUUAGCGGCCAGAUUACCUGGAAUCUCGGAAACAGCAAUGAUAUUUGCCGGAGUGGAUGUAACGAGAGAACCUAUUCCGGUCAUACCGACGGUACAUUACAAUAUGGGAGGAGUACCUACAAACUACAAAGGACAAGUUCUAAUGAGAAAGGAUAAUCAGGAUACAGUUGUGCGUGGGCUGUACGCCUGCGGAGAGGCAGCUUGCGCAUCUGUUCAUGGUGCUAAUCGUCUUGGUGCAAAUUCAUUAUUAGAUUUAGUUGUAUUCGGACGUGCAUGUGCUAAGACAAUUGCAGCAGAAAAUAAGCCGGGAGAAACUAUUGGAACUCUUAAAUCUAAUGCCGGUGAAGAAAGUGUGGCGAAUUUGGAUUGGGUUAGAAACGCAAAUGGUAACAUUAGAACCGCGGAAUUGAGAUUGAGUUUGCAGAAAACCAUGCAAACACAUGCAGCUGUGUUCAGAACAGCUGAAACAUUACAAGAAGGAUGUCAGAAGGUGUCAGCUCUUUACAAAAAAAUGGAUGAUCUUAAGGUGUCAGACAAAUCUAUGAUAUGGAACUCUGAUCUUGUAGAAACUCUUGAAUUGCAAAAUUUAAUGAUUAACGCCAUGCAAACGAUAAUAGGCGCUGAAAAUAGGAAAGAAAGUCGUGGAGCUCAUGCACGUGAAGAUUUUAAAGACAGAAUCGACGAAUACGAUUACAGUAAACCGAUAAAAGACCAACAACCAAAACCAUUUGAUCAACACUGGCGAAAACACACGCUCUCAAAGAUCAAUCCCAGAACAGGAGAAGUAUCUAUCGAUUUUAGACCAGUCAUAGAUGAUACUCUAAAUAAACAGGAAUGUGCGACAGUUCCACCUGCAAUUCGUUCCUAUUAGAUUUUCAUCUAAAGUAAAUACAAUUUUAGCUUUUCUAGCUUUUCAACGAAAUUUGGUCAUCAUCAUCAUGUCUUAAAUUAUCCGUUCGCACGACUGUUUUAAUUUUUGUACAGGAGGGAACGACUGAUAAGAAAAAGUUACCGAUAUCCUAUCACCACAAUGCAGCAAAUUUAUUUAUUACUGCACGUGAAUCACGUCGUGCACCAAAGUAUAAUUCUUGUCAAUACUUGCACGCAUGGCGGGCAAGAUUAGUUGUCCUUGUAGGAUAAUGGUGCUGAGAUUAUCUUCAUUAUUUCAAAGAAGAGUUUGAUCGAUCUCCUAGCGAAUCAGUGCUACGUUAUUGUAAACUAAAUAGUAAAAUAUAGCGUGAUUCAGGCAGCAAAUAAUUUCACGCACAGAUCUUUUAAGGAGGAACGUUCUCCUAUCCUCUAUGCGAUUUAUUCAGUAUUUCUCAGUCAAAGUAAUUUCUUUUUCUACCAAGCAAUUUUGCAAAAUGUACGUAAUAAUGUUAAGAGCUUUUUAAUGAAGAUGUUUUGUAUGAUAAUUCGUGAACUAGUACUCCCUAAAAGUUUGUGCAGCAAGAGUAUGCCACUUUUGAUGCGGCUAAAUACUUAAAGUUAACAGGGCAAUAUGGAAACAGUCUUAAUU